CCUGCCGCCGCCUGCCGCUGCUCAAACGUGGAGGGAAGGACACGGAGAUGGACGCUCGGCUCCUGACUGCGCGGGGUUAUUGUUAGUCGCGAAAUUUACGGCUCUGUCGACAUAUUUAGUGCAUUUCAUCCUCAGAGCUGGACCGAAAGGCUGGGACUGUUAGUUUAUUCUUCAACGCCAGAGCCGGCGGUUUGGAAGGAUAUCCCAGUGUGAGAGAAAGUGACCAAUCAAGAAGUGUGUGUGUGUGGGCCCCUGGACUUUGUAAGCAGCAACGUCAGCGUCCACACCUUUUAUUUAUUUUUACGAGGGGGGGGAAUGAAACCGGAUGGGGAUACCAUGGAGACCAUGGAGACCACGGAGCCCACUGAAGAUGCAGCAGUAGCAGAGCCCUCCUCAUUGCAGGACAACACAACCGAGGAAGCCCCAUCGCAACCAGAGGAAGCGGCCAUUGAUGAAGCCCCUGAAACCAUUCCCAAGGGCAACGGCAAGCCAGUGGCAACAGACUCCAAAGUUAAACCAAAAGGUGUUUCAACCAAAACACAGCCCGCAGCCAAAUCUGCAGGACCCUCUGGAUCAAGGCCGGGCACUUCCUCGCACCGCACUUUGAUUGACGUCAAGUCCUCUGCGAAUGUCUCUGCAGCUGCAGCCAAGAAAACGGCAACUAUAAAACAAACAGCAUCAGCAGCGGGGGGCGUACCUAAACGACCUGUGGGGGCAGCAGCUUCUUCCACGGUCAAGACCCUAUCUAGAGUCCCAGACAAGAAGCCUGUAGGAACAGCUAGGUCUACCUCCGCUGCUGCGUCCACAGCAACAAAUGGCACCAAACCAACCACCGUGAAUGGCAUUCCUAAGAAGAGACCAGUAGCUGAGACUGGCGCGAGACCCAAGACCACAGCUCCUGCCAGCAGAGCAGCGGCCUCCACUGCCUCAAAACCCAGCACUUCAACCACGUCAAAAGCUGUUGGUGCAACAACGAAACCAGUCGCCUCGGCAGUUUCAAAGACAACAAGGCCGACUACAGCUCCCUCAACAUCUCGACCUGCAUCCACCACAUCCAGGCCCACAACAGCUGCACUGAAGCCCUCCACCACUGCAGCUGCCAGAACCGCUGCCUCUAGAGUCAACACAGCCCCCCCUACUGGCAGGACCACCGCAGCACAGCCUCCCAGAACUGUAGCUGCUAAGAAAGAUGUCAGUCGCCCAACUUCUGCUACAGUUGCAAAUAAACCUCUAGCAGCUACGACAGCCGCUGAUGCCAAGAAAAACCCUCGCCCCACAGCCCCCGUAAAUCUCAACACUGCCUCCAAAUGUUCCACAACAACCAAGGCAGCAGACCCCAAGGUGUCACAGACCAAAGCUCCUGCAAAAUCUACUCCCACCAAGAAACCUGUAACUUCGGUUCUGUCCCUGGCCCAAAACAAACAGUCUUUUGGACGAUCCCCACCUGCGUCUCCAGCCAACAGACCUGCAAACAGCAGCACUCCUCAGGCAAAACGCAGAACCAAACCCACUCAGGCUGUCCUUCCUUUCACUGCCACAAAGAAGGCCGGUGUUUCCGGUAUUCUCAAAGCUGCUGCCGGAGCACAGAGGGCUGCCGGUGGUGCAGGUGCAGCAGUGGAGACUCCCCCUGUCUUGUCCCAGAGUACUACACAGGACGUGGUGCCACAAGAGACUGCUGUAAGACAGGAAGCUGCCUCCUCUCCUCCACGAACCCCCUUCAACCCACCCUUACCACAAACACCCACACUUCUGAUGGAGAACGAGAGCAGUGCUUUAUCACCAACAACGCAGGAACAGACCCCUGCCCCAGCCGAGCCUGCAUUACCACCAGUGGCCUGUCCCCCAGAUUACACUGAGGAGCCUGGUUACCAAACCCCCUCCACGUCUAAAGCCCUCCCAGCAGCAGCAGCAGCAGCAAAUUCCCUCUCUCUGAAAGUUCCUCCCACCAAUCUAAAUGAGGAAGAGGAUGAGGAGGAGGAGGAGGAGAGGGAGGGGAGCCAGCUGGUUUCUGUGUCUGAGAUGAGUGGAACCACGCAGCCCACAGAGGAGUCUCGUCCCGGCUCGGCAGGACCCGUCGGAGGGUCUGCCUGGAAGGCCGGUGGCGCCCUGUUUUCUGAGCUCGACUCUGAGGAGGUGAGCGGUAGCCAGCAGGGGGCGUCGGAGCUGAGCGCCCCCGGGGUCCUGGAAGGCACCGAAAGCAUGGACGACCUGGGGGACGGCAGUCUGAAGGGAGCCAUCGACAUGGAAGGGGCCUCAGCGGGGUCACCUGACUUUGAGAAGGUCCCCGACAUACCGGCUAAUGACUUCGAUGAGGACGAUGACUUUGACGACGACCGGGUGUGUGACAUGGACGUGGGCUCGGAGCGGGCCGACGAGCCGCAGAGACUCCGGCAUGAUAACGACGCGAAUGAUGAAGAGGAGGAGGACGAAGAUGUGGAAAUGGCAAGUGAGGGCGUGACAGAGAGCGGGCUGGAAAGCUAUGGGAAUGCGGAUGAAGAUGACUUUGCUGAAGAUGAAAGGCUGGACAACCUGAACAGAGUGGCCGAGCCCCCGCCUCCCCGUCCUCAGGUCCCCUCCGCCCCCGCUGCUCAGUGGGAACAACCAAACCCCUUCGUUGACCCCUGGCAUGCAGACCCUGAGACCCCGACUCAGGCCUCAGCUUGGUUGGAACUCGGCUCUGCUCCUUUGGUUCCUGAAAACCAAGAAGCUCCCAAUCAGUCCUCCGUCAAAGAUGAGCCACAAGAUCUAGCUCCAAUGCAGACCCUGGCCCCGGUUCUUCUCUCUGCACCCCCCAUGUCUCUGUCAAGCACCCUGAGCAGUGAGACCAGCACCCCCGAGGAGCUCUGCGACUACAAUCGAGAUGGGAAGGCUGAAGAUGUGCAUGCACCGGCACUCUCCCCACAGCCUGAGCUGGACCACGAGGAGGCCGAGAUGCUGCCCGCUGACGAAGUCCUGGGAGGCCCUCCAACUUCCCCCACCAACAACCCCUCCCCCACCUCGGUAACAGAAGACGAGGCCAACAACACGGAGGGAGAGGCUCAGUUGGAUGAUUCCUUGGAGACGACGCUGCCCGCUGAAGAAGUGCUGGGAGGCCCUGCAACUUCCCCCACCUCCAACCCCUCCUCCACCUCGGUAACAGAAGACGAGGCCAGCGACACGGAGGGAGAGGCUCAGUUGGAUGAUUCCUUGGAGACGACGAUGGUCAGCCAGCACAUCACCUUCAACAGCCAAUCUCCAUCCCAGCGCUGCCUGUCCACCGUGGAAGAGGGAGAGGAGGCUGACACGGAGGAGGCUCGUGCAGGUGAAGACACCACCCCACCUUCCGCUACAUCGUUAGCAUCAUACGGCUUCGACACCAUGACCACGGCUUCCAACGCCCAGUCCACAGGGGAGAGCUGCGCCAGGAGCCCCGGCAUCUUCUCCCUGGAGGAGCUGUCCGAGGAGGCCAAGGAGCCGUGUCUGAUCCCGCAACCUCACACGCCGCCAUGCUUCGCAGAACAUCAGUACAUCGAUUGUGGGAAGCAGGAAUCAGAUUCUGCUGAGCCCGCUGAGAAAACCAGCAGGGGUGUGCCGGGGCCCGAGGAAGCCCCGGACCCUUCGUCUGCCCAGAGCACUUUGCAGCAAGCCGAAGAAAACCCAGAGGACGUCCAGCCUCCCUACUAUUCUGCGAUCUGUGAAAGGACUGAGAACUCUUUUGCAGCUCUUCAAGGGGAAGAAAAUCAAGCAUAACAAAGGAAAUGCGGAAUGAACUGUUUCCAUGUGUAUUUAUCUCAACACUUUUUUACUGAAAAAAGCUGAUAACUGAAUGAUUUUUGAUUGUAUAUUCCUGUUUGUUUCAUUUUACUCUACUAUGAUAAAGGCAAUCUUCCUUAUUGCUGAUCACUAAUCAUAUCUUCUUGCACUUUAAAUUGUACCCCAGCUUUUUCUUGUGUGCAUCCAUCUUUUGGAGUCAUGAAAACUUAAAUAAAGAUUAGAUUUUUUACAAUGAU